CGCUGCUGGUGUACGCUUCGGACGUAGGCUGCAGGGAGAGGACUGGGAGGAUCAGGAUGACGAGGGAGCGGAGCAGAGCCGCGCCGUCGGUCAUGGAAGGGAUCAAGCACCUAACGAGAUUUGGAAAUAAACAUUCUUCAGCAACAGCAGAAUCGGCCGUGAAAUGAUUCAGGGGUGAUGUGGUGUCCAACACAGAUGCGCGCAAUGUCGACGUCAUCUCUCGCUCACGAUAUGCGGAAUUAAACACGUGGGCACAACAGUCCGAUAGUUCCAAUUCUCCCACCCGCGUCAAUCGCCAACCGCUUCCUCCUUUCAGUGGGUCCCACCCGAGAGGAGUCGCUACCUUCCUGCCCACCAACCAAGGGCCUCGAUCUCUCCUUCGUCGUGAUAUCGCAAGCUGCCACCGUUGGAUUUGCGCCCAAAACCGCACGCCGGGGUUUUAUAUUCACACCCAACCCCAUAACUCCGCGUCCUCUUUCGCGGCCAAUCUUUGUGAGAGACAGAGCGCGAGAGAGAGGGGCGCUCCGCCGAAACCCUCGUCUCGAUCUCGCGGCCCCGAUCGCCAAUACCGGAGGGUGGAAACCCGAUCGCCUCGAUCUCGUCUCGUCCCCAAUGGCAGACGAUCUGGUGGAGGCGAAAAAGCCGGAUGGCUGCGACGCCGACGCGACGGUGAUCCAGAGGAGGAUCGAGUUCCACCCUGCCCGUAAAUUCUUCUCACCAUCGUCCAAUGGGGCUUUCUAUCUUGAAACCCUGAACCCCGAUUCGGAAACUCCCAGGCCCUCGGCGUGCAAUCGGGAUCCUCCCGCGGUUUCGGCGCCGUCACUGGGGAGGAGAUCGGAUGGUGUGGAGGCCUAUGAGCAUGAAAUGGACCCCGAGCUCAGCUCUAGGAUCAGGUUUCGUAAUAUUGGUGCUGGAUUGGCCAAUCUUGGCAACACUUGUUUUCUUAAUUCAGUCCUUCAAUGCCUGACAUACACUGAGCCUUUUGCUGCAUAUCUACAAAGUGGGAAACAUCAAAUUUCUUGUCAGAUAGCUGGAUUUUGUGCAAUGUGUGCCAUUCAGAACCACGUCAUGAUUGCCCUACAGUCAACUGGAAAGAUAUUGUCACCUUCUACUCUUGUCAAGAACUUACGUUGCAUAUCUCGCAAUUUUCGUAAUUCUAGACAAGAAGAUGCACAUGAGUACAUGGUUAGCUUGCUUGAGUCCAUGCACAAAUGCUGUUUACCAUCUGGAGUCCCUAGUGAGUCCCCUACUGCUUAUGAAAAAAGUUUGGUACACAAGAUAUUUGGUGGCCGACUGAGAAGUCAGGUUAAGUGCAUGCAAUGUUCCUAUUCUUCCAAUAAAUUUGAUCCCUUCCUGGAUUUGAGUCUCGAAAUAGCAAAGGUUGAUUCUUUAUGGAAAGCACUAAAACAUUUUACUGCUGUGGAACAAUUAGAUGGAGGGGAAAGACAGUACCAGUGUCAAAACUGCAAAGAGAAAGUUAGGGCCCUCAAACAGCUCACCAUUCACAAGGCCCCUUAUGUUCUCACUAUUCAUCUUAAACGUUUUGAUUCUUUGUUUCCUGGACAGAAGAUUGACACAAAAGUGGAUUUUGAUCUCACUCUUGAUUUAAAACCUUUCAUCAGUGAUCCACAUGAAGAUGAUUUGAAAUACACCCUUUAUGGAGUUUUGGUGCAUGCUGGCUGGAGUACCGAAUCUGGUCAUUAUUAUUGUUAUGUUUGUACCUCUAGUGGCAUGUGGCAUUCUCUUGAUGAUAACCAGGUUUACCAGGUUAGUGAGAAGACUGUCCUAGAGCAGAAGGCCUACAUGCUAUUUUAUGUCCGUGAUAGGAGUUCUAUAGUAAAGAAAUCAUCAGAGAUGAUUCAAAAAGAUUGUGUUUCUACUAAUCCUCCUGGGAAGAAAUUAAUUCCUCACUCAGCCUUAGUUAUAAAGGGAGCAGUUCUAAAUUGUUUGGUGGAUGGGAAACUAAGCACCUUGGAAUCUAGUUCUGCCAUACUUAAAAGUUAUCCUAUUACUGAUUGUCAUCCUGAUUCUGGAAUAGGUUCUUCAUCGGAUUCCCAGUUACCUGGAGUAGCAUUUUUGCGAGAAAAUGACAACAACAUACAAAAUGAAAAUGUAGCUCCCCAGAGUGACAGCCAGUUGCUAGGGAGAAAAGCUGCAUUAUUGCGAGCAAAUAGUGAUAUUAUGUCAAAUGCAUUGCAGCAAGGGAAAAAAUCAGCGGAUGCAGCAUCUUCAAAAGAGUUCAUGAUGCCUGUUUCCCAGAUUAUUCAACAGAGGUUGAUUGAAGAUUCAAUCGAACCUGCACGGGACAAGGAUUUUGUUGUUAUGGUUACCCAUGCAAAUGAUGCCACUGUCACCUCUGAAAGUGAUCAAACUAACAGUGGAAAAUGUCUUCUUUCUAAUGAUUGGAAUGAAGAGGUGAAGUCAGAAGUGCUCCUCUCUGUGCCAAAUAAUGCUUCCUGCUCAGACUCUUCUCCUCAGCAACAUCAUGAGAAGAUUCUCAAGCAAAUCAAUAUGCACGAGAAUGAUGAUGUUGCAAUUGCAAUUUAUCAGAAUAAUGAUGCACUUAGCCAAAAAGGAACAAGUAACGUACCUGCAGAUAAAAAUCCUCUCAAACUUUUAAACCAGUUGGGAUUCAUGCAGAUGGCAUCACAUGAUAAAACUUCCGUGGAACAUCAGAUUGGUAAUGAGAGCAAGAGGUGCUCAACUAACACACAGUGCAAUGGGGGCUACCUUAAACUGGAGGAAUCUGGAAUGACUAAUGUAUUAAAGGGAUGUUCAAGUGGUUUUGUUGAGAAGGAAGUUCUUGACGUAAUGAAAUCCCAAACAGGACUAAAGCCAAAAAAACAUGUAAAACAUUCACUAAAUGGAAUCUAUUUUGGCCGCAAGCAACUGUUUCUUUCUUUGUUGAGUGCAGAUAAAAUCAGGAAAAGAAACAGAAGAAAAAAGCGGCUUUCAAUUAUGACAAGCUUGCAAAAAAAAGCUGUACCUGAUGAUGUUAGCUUGAAUGAUCAGGGCACAUCAACCUCUGAGAUUGUUAAAAAUGUUGUACUUUCUGAGUGUUCUGGUCGAAAGAAUUCUCGUGCUAGUUUCAAGAAAAACAGAAGUACCUGCAGUAUGAGGAAUGAUAGUUACUGUAACAGUGAAUCUUUGAAUAUAUCAACUGGAGGAAUUGGCGGGGACAAUGGUAAAGAUCGAACACAUGAUCAUCCUGAGCAAUCAAGAUGGUGUUCCAGCUCCACGGAUUAUCAGUGUAACUCAAGAGACACAAUUUUAGAUGACAAUGGGCUCCUUCAGCAUAAUAUUAUGAAACUACUCAUGAGGGGCUUGAACAAAAAAACUGUUGCCAGAUGGUAUCACCUGGAAUCACCAGAGUUCGAAGUACAUGGACUUAAAAGUUCAAGAAGUAGCAGGAUUGAUUAUGUGGUGGAUGAAUGGAAUGAGGAGUACUGUCAAGGCAGGAGGAAGAAGGCAAAGAAGUCUAAAGAAUCAAAUGGUGGCCAAAACGAGUUCCAGGAGAUGACCGAUGUAAAACAACAAGAAAGAUCCAAAGUGAAGAAACAGAGGUUGCUGAGUAUUAUUCCGUUCAGGAUAUGAU